AUGUUGACCAUCAAGCACCCCUUUGUUUCGAGCCCGGCCAACUAUAACAAGCGUCCCUUCUACGCGUUUCGUGCCCGUGGCUCUGAGUCCGGUCACCCCUUCUUCACUUCCAUGGACGAGUUAGUUUCCUGCUAUGCCGCAGCAGUCAAGAGGACCCAGGCGACGGGACCAUACGCCAUCGUGGGUUACGGUUACCGCGGUGUUGUCGCAUUUGAAGUCACCAAGCAGCUCGAGGUCAUGGGAGAAGGAGUGAAGUUCGUCGUUCCCACCAACAUUCCUUCUCAUAUCGCCGACCGCAUGCACGAGAUCGACUGGACCUCAAUUUAUCCUGGCUGGAUCAACAACCGGCUCAAGGCCUGGUCUGACUUCAGCCGCGGCGAGCCAUCAUAUAUUGAGGUACCUGGGGAACACUACACGCUCAUGAACUUUGACCACAUCCCGCAGUUCCAGGGGAUUUUCCGCCAUCACCUCAAGGCUCGUGGUCAGUAG